CCGCCUGUUGUUUGGUUAUCCCGAACGUGAACAAGUUUUCAACAUGGCAGCGCACAUAAGACGACUACUCUCGCUGCAGCAGCCCUUGCAUUCGUACCUUUCACUCCCGAGCGUCGCAAAACGCAUCAGUCAAUUUCCGUUAGGAUGCUCAAUUUGCAGAGAGUUUUCCAAUUCCAGAACAAUAGAAAAUGAUGGGAGUCAUGCAAUGGUUGAAACGGCUGAUGGUAAUACAAUAGUGUGUUAUCAUCCCUCAGAGCCAUUCCCAUAUGAAAACACAAAGCCAAUUCCAAGACCAGAUCCUUCCAAACCAGAGGAAUCAGUGGAUUCAAUCCUGAAGAUGAAACUCAACCAUGAGAAUUGGAAUAAAGAACAACGAGGACCAGAUGUACAUGAAUUGGCAAAGAUGUUCUACACUACCAAACAUAGAUGGUAUCCAUUGGGGAUACGGAAAAGGAAUAAAGUCAAGAGAAAUCCCCCAAGAGACAGGCCCUACAUCUGAUGCAUCCAGCUGAGCAGUAGGAAAGAAAAGGAAUGAAAAACACCUAUCAACAUUACAGAGCAUUUGAAGUAAAUAUCAAGGAUUGUAGACAAUGGACUCCGUGCACAAGUACCCCCUCAAGGGUAACAAAGGGAAAGUUGAGGGACACCACUGGGAGGGACAUUCGAAGGCAUUGCCGACAAUGCCUGGCGCUCACGUGAAGGUGCUAUGGCUGUGUACACUGCCCACUGAGCUCUCAAAUGUGGUCCAAAAGUGCCAUCUACUUUUUCUGCAUGGAGUCUAUCCCAUGAGGAACUUUUUUACCCUCUGGAUUAAGACUGUUUGGACGAAGGUUUCUAUCAUUAUUUAGGGCCAUUUAUGUUUUUGCAUGGAGGUGGAGUGGGGUUGACUUUUGUUUGCUGGCCAUAGGACUAAGUGUAAAAAAAAAAUGUCCUACUUUUGAGCCUACGUUUAAAUAACUCUGUUAUU